UUGACUGACGACCUCACGGCCUUUGCUUAAAAGUAGCGCUGACUAUGGAGACCCCAUAUUAUGACAGCAUCGUCGUAGGCUGUGGAGGUAUUGGCAGCGGGGCGUUGUACUGGCUAGCCAGACAGGCUGGAAAGGGAGUUCUCGGUUUGGAACAAUUUAAACUCGGCCAUGAAAACGGCGGCUCGCAAGACCACUCAAGAGUCAUUCGUAUGGACUACGUUGACGGUGAAUACAUUGACCUGUGCCGCGGAGCUUACUCAUGUUGGGAAGAGGUCGAGAGGGAAUCGGGUCACCGACUGAUUCACAAAACAGGUGGAGUCUCGUUUACUGAAGGGAGCCCUACUGCCGAGGGGUAUAUUGCCAAAUUUGAGGAGGCAAUGAAUAAACAUGGCGUCAGUUACGAGAGACUAGACGGAGAUCUGCUAAAGAAACGGUAUCCACAGUUCACAACAACGUCCGACUGUCAGGCAAUUUUUAUUCCCGAUAAUGGUGUCCUCGAUGCGGCGCUAGCGAAUGCAACUAAUAUACAGCUAGCGAGGAAACAUGGCGCCACUAUUCUGGAGGAGGUAAAGGUGACUGGUAUUACCAAGUACAGAGGACUCCCACUGGUUCAAACUAACCGUGGGAAUUUCCGAAGUCGUCGGGUGGUUGUAACGGCUGGGGCCUGGGCCAACGACGUGCUGCAAUCCGUCGGCGUGAACGUCCCUCUCCGCGUGACCCAAGAACAGGUCACCUACUUCGCUACGCCACACUUACAGGACUUCACAAAAGACCGAUUUCCCUGUUGGACCUUUUUUUCACCGGAAGGAGAAGUGUAUUAUGGUUUGCCCAUUCACGGUGCUGCAGGCCCGAAGAUUGGCAUUGACGCUGCGGGGGAUGUUGUCACAGCGCACACCCGCUCAUUCGUCCCAAAUCAAAAGAACAUUGAGAAGUGCAUCAAGAUGUGUCAGACGUAUUUACCGGGGUACCUAGGCCCGAUUUUGAAGACGAAGACCUGCUUAUAUGCAAUGACUCUGGACCGCCAUUUCGUGAUUGACACGUGCCACCGCACUGGGUUCCCAGAAGUCAUUGUGUGUUACGGUGCAGGACACGCAUUCAAAUUUGCAAGUGUCCUGGGGAAAAUUCUUGCCGAACUGGUAAUUGAUGGCUGGACCAGCUUCGAUAUUAAAUCGUUCUCCCUCGACCGUCCGGCUGUGACGGAUCCGGACUUCCAGCCGGCAAUCGAAAUAGGCAAAUGGCGGGAACUCGCUCAACUGGGGAUUUCAAAACUGUAGUUGGUACCGAGGAGGGCGCUCUGGCAUUGUUUUCAACAAUGAUGCAGAUGCAACAAUCUCAGCUACUACUGAGGAUUCACACUGUAAAAACAAGUCGUAACGUUUAAUGCCUUACAAACGCUUUCCUGGUAACACUUUAGGAAAUUGUUUGGCGUUACUAAUAUGAAGCUAAACCACGUUGUUGGUUUAUUUUUUCCACAAAUACUUGUUGGUGUGUUUAUAAAUUUUAGCCACAAUGAAAAAUUUAGGUGUUAAUAACAAGACACCAAAACACUUUUAUCGUGUGGUAACACUCUUGAACACCAAAACACAUUUAUUUCCCCCCCAAAACGUGUUUUAUUGUGAAGGGUUAGAUGUCUACAAUUAACACAAAGACUUGUUUAUAAUAGCCUUCGGUUAUUACAGUGCUUGUCCUGGACCAUUUUGCCGACAUCUGAUGUCAUUUCCUCACAGGUUAGUUCACGCUUAUUCCUUUCACUCCACCGUAUAUCUAAACGCAUAUGCAAACGAACAGUAAUUUCACAUCACUAUAUACACCACAGAGCAAAGUUUUGAAGCUUUUAAAAGAUCAAGCGCUUUGCACUAAUAAUAGUAAACAUUUAUCAUGCGCCAAUUUCAUGCAUAUGAUCAAAGGCGCAUAACGGAAUCAACUUAAAAUACGGAGACUUUAGCAAAUAAAAAUAUUAGAUGAAAUAAAUCAUUAUGAAAAAAACAUCACCGUAUCAAUUCCAAAACCGCAGUGUGGGGAUUGAUACGUCUGUCCCGCCAACAGGGGCAGAAAUGCUGCCUUAGCCUAACCUUCUAGCAUCUGCGACGUCUCAAGUUUUCCCAAGGCCAGACGCCUCGACCAUACCUACGUAAUAAAACACUCAACUUCCCGACAGGGUGAUACCAGAAAUAAGAAGGCCCACAUUAACAUUAUUAAAAAUUAUACUAUUUUGCAAAUGCCAUAUGAAAAAAAAGAUCAAUUUCGCCAUGGAAAAUUUAAACUCUUGAAAGUCGCUUGUGGAAGACUGCGGAUACGAUCACACAAUGACGUAAGUGGUGUCAUGCCAAUUGUCUGACAUGUGGGUCAUUCUAAAAAAUAGGGUACAAUUCUUUUGUGUUCCUGUCACAUUCUUAAAUUUCCAAGGGUUAUUAAUUAAGCGAUGCAGAUGACCUGCCAAACAAAUGAAAAUAUUUCAAAGUCAAGUUUAAAACUUCCGUGUAAAAAUUACACAAGCCACAUGAAAUGGGAACAAAAAGUUACACCUUCGGAUACCUUAUUUAAAAAUGACCCUCGUGUAACUGUUUUCCUCGUUUUAUUUUAGUUUUAUUGUAGGUUCUUAAGAUUGAAUACAAUCAUUUGAAAUUAAUUCUGCUGAGGUAAAAGCAACGUAAUGAAAACUAUUGUUAUCAUUCCGGUCUGAACUCUGAGUGUGACUUUCGCUUUCAAGAACAAGCUUUUAAAGGAUUUUUCUUUUCAUUUAUUUCAUAUUGUACACUUGAAAACUGUGUUUUAUCUUGCUGCCGUUUCGUAAACAUUUUUAGAUUCUGAGUACGGGAUACAUACAUCGAUGUUCAACUGCUACUAUCCAUCAAACUUUUGUAAAUAUUUUAGCUUAUAAAAUUAUACGUGUUUACUAAGUGAUAGCAAGAGAGUGUUUAGAAAGGAAUCUAAUUCACAAACAAGUUUAUAUACAUUGUUAAACCAUAUUUCAUAAAAAAAACUACGAUAAUAUAUACUUGCUGGUUUGAUAUUGUUUGAUUAUUUGGACACAUACGGCUCAUUAACUGAUUUUUUAUUUAUGAUAUGGUAAAACGCACACAAUACUCAGUAUUUUUUUUCAAAUACAACGAGGCUCUGAAUUUGCAAUUUGUUUGUCCCUUUUCCCAUAUGAACAGAAUUGUGAUUUUCCGUUGGCCUACACCAAUGUCACUCUGCACAGCUUUGUUUCUCAAAUCUCCCGGAAAGGGGGUGUAAAUUUGAUCAGAUUUGAGAAGCUAUAACGUACAUUUCACUUGUUGAGAGACUGUUCGAGGGGCGGUUGGAAAUUGAUUGAAAAAUCACCUUCUUGGUCCAUAGACCGUCUGGUUUGAAAAAAAGUAAUAAUAGUCAGAUGUAGGUCUUUUCAACACAAGACAUCCUUAGAAAGGCACUGUAUUCGAAGCUUUUUUAAAGCUUGUCAAUCCCUCUUAUGAUACCCCUUUAUUAGAAAAACAUAUUCAUCUCAAAAGAAAAUAAAGACAAAGAAAUUUGAAUAAUGACGACUGUUACCACCUCACACACAUGAAGACAUUGCUUUUGCCUGUUCAGCACACUAAUGGCGUAAUGCAUAGCACACCGUUCGGAACAGUUGAAGGUGCUUUUAAAGCUGCCACUUUUCCGUUUCAUGUUUGGUGUUAAUCAUAAAUCGUUAUUGAUAUUAAUAUUAUAUGAUACCAAUAAUAUAAAAUACUCCUUUUGUUUUA